AUGUUAUACAAUUUCCAUUUCCUUGCAAUUGCAAUCCUCCUAAUAUCAAACCCAAAUCCUAGUAACCAACUCUCCAUGGAAACAAAAAUCGCCUCUAUUUCUGCUUCACCGGCUUUGCUGCCCGAUUUUCCGUACACUGAGCUGUCGCCGGAGAUUGCUCCCCUUCUGCCCACGCAGGGCGGCCCGGCCAGCCCGACCAUCCCGUCCACUCGCAGCCCGAACCCGGACACUAUCACCACAGUGGGGCCCGAUAAGGCCGCAUUCCCACCAACCGGCCCAUUAGAGGCUGGAUCUUCUGCGGUUUUGAGCGUGAAGGUUGAAGUUUUUUCUUGUUUGUUGGGUUAUUGGCUUGUGAUGUUGUACUUGUUCGUGAUGUGA